AUGGAGAGAAACAAAAACUAUCGUCGCAAGCACAAAAACUAUCGUCGCAAGCACAAGUUUGGGGUUAAUGAUCAGAUUCGGAACAUAAGGCAGAUUCAUCUUAACACGAUGAUCCGCAUUGGUGGAGUUGUCACGAGGCGUUCUGGUGUCUUUCCUCAGCUGCAGCAGGUGAAAUAUGAUUGUAACAAGUGUGGGGCAAUCUUGGGACCUUUCUUCCAAAACUCGUAUUCAGAAGUCAAGGUCGGUUCUUGUUCUGAAUGCCAGUCAAAAGGACCGUUUACUGUUAAUGUCGAACAGACGAUUUACAGGAACUAUCAGAAGCUUACCAUCCAAGAGAGUCCAGGAACAGUGCCUGCUGGACGACUUCCUAGACACAAGGAAGUUAUCUUGCUGAAUGACCUUAUUGAUUGUGCUCGUCCUGGAGAAGAAAUUGAGGUUACUGGGAUAUAUACCAACAAGUUUGACCUGUCUUUGAACACAAAGAAUGGGUUUCCUGUCUUUGCCACUGUGGUGGAAGCAAACUAUGUUACAAAGAAGCAAGACCUCUUCUCUGCGUACAAGCUAACACAGGAAGACAAGACCCUCGAAGAGCUAUCCAAGGAUCCACGUAUAGUUGAACGUAUCAUUAAGUCAAUUGCUCCGUCAAUAUAUGGCCACGAAGAUAUCAAGACAGCUAUUGCUCUUGCGAUGUUUGGAGGCCAAGAGAAAAACAUUAAAGGGAAACACAGACUGCGUGGAGACAUUAAUGUACUUCUACUAGGAGAUCCAGGAACAGCAAAAUCACAAUUUCUGAAAUACGUUGAGAAAACUGGUCAGAGAGCUGUCUACACGACUGGAAAGGGAGCUUCUGCUGUUGGUCUGACUGCAUCAGUACACAAGGAUCCAGUUACAAGGGAAUGGACUCUUGAAGGAGGGGCUCUUGUACUUGCUGACCGAGGAAUCUGUCUUAUCGAUGAGUUUGAUAAGAUGAAUGAUCAGGACAGGGUGAGUAUCCAUGAAGCCAUGGAACAGCAGAGUGAUACGAGCCGUUUUAUCAGUAUAUCGAAGGCAGGAAUUGUUACUUCUCUGCAAGCUCGUUGCUCUGUUAUUGCUGCAGCUAAUCCAGUUGGUGGAAGGUACGAUUCAUCCAAAUCAUUUGCACAAAAUGUGGAGUUGACAGAUCCGAUCCUUUCACGUUUUGAUAUCCUUUGUGUUGUCAAGGAUGUGGUUGACCCAGUGAACGAUGAAAUGCUUGCUGAAUUUGUUGUCAAUAGUCACUUCAAGUCACAACCUAAAGGUGAUAAACUGGAUGAUAGCGAGCCACAAGAUGGCGUUCAAGAUUUUAGCGGUUCUUCUGAUCCCGAGGUUCUUCCCCAGAACUUGCUGAGGAAAUACUUAACAUACUCGAAGCUGUAUGUAUUCCCUAAACUGAGUGAAAUAGAUGCCAAGAAGUUGGAAACUGUUUAUGCUAAUCUAAGAAGAGAAUCAAUGAACGGGCAAGGGGUUUCUAUUGCAACAAGGCACCUCGAGUCCAUGAUCCGAAUGUCUGAAGCAAAUGCUAGGAUGCACCUUAGACAGUAUGUCACAGAAGAAGAUGUUAACAUGGCCAUUCGUGUCCUUCUUGACUCUUUCAUAUCAACUCAGAAAAUUGGUGUCCAGAGAACACUGAGAGAGACUUUUAUACGUUACAUAACAUACAAAAAGGACUUCAACUCACUGCUGUUCGUUCUUCUGAAAGAGCUAGUGAGGAAUGCUUUGAGGUUUGAAGAAAUCAUUACGGGAUCAAACUCGGGACUAUCUUCUAUCGAAGUUAAGAUAGAGGAGUUGCAGACGAAGGCCAAGGAAUACGACAUUACAGAUCUACGGCCGUUCUUUUCGAGCACAGAUUUUACCAAAGCUCAUUUCGAGUUGGAUCAUGGUCGAGGAGUGAUCAAAUGUCCUAGAAGGGUUGUGGCUUGGUAAACAAUAAGGCAAGAGAUUCCGGCUACUAAAAACUUACUUGAGUUUUCACUAGACAUUCGAAUAUUGUUGGAUUUUUAGAAGAUGGUUUCGUUUCAAGUUAAGAUUAUAAGUUGUUCUAGGAUUUUAACUCGGUUCGUCUACCUUGAAAUCUACAUUUUGAGCCUUAGGCACCUCUGACGAAUUAGAAC